AUGGAAUUCCAGUCAAAUAAAAAUCGUGAGAUUGGUUCUUCACUAUUUGGUUUUCAAGAUGAUUUAACUUUAGUUUCAUUUGUACCCAAACAAAAUAAAGCUGUAUUAGUACUUUCCUCAAAACAUGAUGAUAAUCAAGUGGAUAUAAAAACUGGAAAGCCCAUUAUUAUUUUGGACUAUAAUAAAACAAAAGGAGCUGUCGAUACUGUCGAUCAAAUGUGUCAUAAAUAUACGGUGAAAAGAGGUACAAAGCGAUGGCCACUUUGUAUCUUUUUUGGAAUGAUAGAUAUUGCUGCUAUAAAUGCUCUGGUCAUAUGGAAGACGAAAAAUCCUCAAUGGAAUGAAAAUAAAAAAUAUCAACGUCGAUUAUUCCUGGAAGAAUUAGGAUUAAGUUUAGUAUCGGAUCUUCUGGAUUUUCGAUCAAAAACGUCGAAAUUUCUGAAUAAAGAUAUUGAACACGCAUUAGCUAUUGUCGGUUAUCCUAUGGUGAAAAAUCUACCAGAACCAAAUGGAAAUUCUACACAAUCAAAAAAACGAAAACGAUGUUCGAUUUGUGAAGAUCCAAAGGAUAAAAAAACUUCAAUUCAAUGUUCUCGUUGUUCCAAAUUUGUUUGUAAUGAACAUUCUGUAAAAAUCAUUUAUUGUGCUAACUGUGCCAAAUAA